UAUCAAUAAAUUUGCGUUUACUCAGUGAUCGUCCUGGUAGCGUGAAUAUUUGGUAUCGCUCGCAGUAAAGUUCGCCCGCAAAAAGCAUCUUAGUCAGUGGUCGUGACGCCUGGGACGUGGGACUUUCGUCGAUACRAAUCUCGCCUGCACGCCCUCCUCGGUUGCCCCAAGGCUAAAACGCUUACAGUGGGUUUMCUGUGUUCUCAUGGUCAGAUGGCCUGGUACCCAGGCAUUCAAAAUGGCGGCAAGUAAACAUUCUUGUAGCGGAAAUUUUUGAACCUAAAAAAAUAUAAACAAGAUGGCAAUAAUAUUGAAAAUCUAUGCCCAAAAAUUAUCCUACACUCGCAUAAAGACCAAAAGCACAAGAAAAUGAAUUUAAACUUGACUGUGAUUGCUUCAACGUCAAUAAAAAGGAAAAAACCAUGGCCAAAAAUUGCCUGGCUUGGAAAGGACCAGGGUGGGUUGUAUUUACUGGACAAGCACAGAGUAAGUCAGCUUAACCUGCCGUCUGGAAAUACACGCAAGAAAAUCUCAUCUGUACAACCAUUCUUGAUCGAUGUACAAGCACUAAGCACUUCUUCAAAUGGAUUGUUUCUUGGUGGUGCUUUAAGGUCUGGUAAAGUGUUUGUAUGGAACAGAGAUACUGACUCUUUGCAUACUACACCUGUUUUGGACAAGAUCAGAAAUGUCCUUGGAUCAAACAACAAAGCAGUUCAUCUUUUUAUUUCCAAUUGUGGUACAAAGAUUCUCUUACUGUCCAGCCUUGAUCAGAUUUUUCUGUGGGAAACAGAGAAUGAUGCUUUCCCUAUGCACCCAGGUGAGCCAUUCACUGGCACAUGGGUACAGAUCCAGAGUGGGGAAUACAUCCUACCAUUAGACCAAGACAAAGAAAGUGCAGUUAAUGCAAUAUUCUAUGAGGAUCAAGUUUUAGGCCAAUGUGCCAUGGUAUCUUGGAUAUUUAACAAAGGCAACAAAAUGCACAUCUCAACAAUACAAUUGCRAUGGCCCCAGACUAAUGGAAAUUUUGGAAUGGAAGCUGGUGCACAAGGAAGUGAAGGAGUCUCAAACUUAAGUCAUGAUGGUGUCUCUCUUAGUUUUACUGCCAAGUGGCACACCUUUGUACAUCCCCUUGAUAACCUGACCCCAGCAAAAAGAGAAGUCAAGUACAGUAAGGCUUAUGUUGYCUGUUUUUCUAAGGAUGGUCAAGUGCUAGCCAUAGCUAUGAACCAAAAGGUGCCUACAGACUCCAGAAUGAUGUUCUAUUCUACUGCAAGCUCAUCAGCAGCAAUYGUUACAGAUCUAAGAGGGUGUGGUAGGGUGAGAAAUGACAAUGUGCCAGCCAAUGGGAAAUUAUGGUGGAUAGCAGACAUGGCCUGGACAAGAGACAGUCUGUUCCUGGUGGCGAUUACUCGUUGUGGCUCACUCACAGUCUUGACCAAACUAGGCGAACCAGUGCUCAUCAGUACAGCAGAGUGUUCUGUUGAUAUGGGCCCACAUUACUACCUACCUUUACACCCAAGAAUCAGUUUUCGCAAACCAAAGAUCAAUGGAGAGWGCGACUCAUCCAUCUCAUCAAACUCAGAUGCUGAUAUACUACGACAAAGGUUUUCAGUUGCUGUUCACCCAAACCUUCCCGUGAUCCUCACCUCAGAUGGUUACCUAGUAACGGUCAUGCAGUUGCCUGGUAUUGCUAACUAUAAGGGAGUCAUCUUGUCAUUCAUGACUUCUGUUUCAAGGCUUGUUCCGGAAUCGGAAGUCAAUCAAAACAUUGAACAGUCGACCCACUCGACCAGCCGUGUCAAUCUCUUCCAGUUGGAUUCAAACUUAAGCAGGGUGCAGUCUGUAGAGGAGAUGAGUGAGAACACUUUGUCCAGCUCUAGUUCUUUAGCAGGUUAUGGUCUUGCAAGUGGAGACCAAGGAAUGGCCUUCAUGCCAAUCAUCACACCAGACCAAYACACUUCACCACCAGUACACCAAGACAAGGCAUGGAAAUUCGUAGAAGCACAAAACAUCUCUCUUAAAGCACUCGCACUUGGUACUUCAGCUGGAAUUAACUGGACAAAAGACAUCAGUAGUACGCUGUACUCUUUGGUUCGUAUGAUCGUGAAAUUAUUUUCGGUUCUUUUACGAGACCACGAAUCGCUUGAGGGCACUCUGACCAGUUCUCUUAAGAUGGUUUCAAGAACAGCCAAAGAGCUUAAAGCAGGUCGAACGCAGCCAUUAGAAUCUCAGACACAGAGGUUGAAGGAUUGCUUCACUUAUUUCAAGAUGGUGAUGGAGCUUUUUCAUUGGGAUUCCAAGAACAGGAACGCGUUUUCCUUGGCAUUAAGACUAGUUCAUGGCAUCAUCAAAGAAAUUCUCGCUUACAAGUAUUUUUCGGAUGUGCUCAAAAUAUCCAGCUGUAUUCAGUUCCUUGAGUUUUCCGAGGAUCUCCUUGAUACGGUUUAUUCGUGGAAGCUGAGCUCAAAGUCUGUUGGGUCAGUAGAUCGUUUUAGUCCCACUAAAAGUGUCCCUGGUGAUCUUCUAAAAGAUGGCAAAGAAUCUGAUCAAGUAGAGCCGUCCAGUGAGAGUGCUGAAGGCUGCUCUAAGCAAAGAUCACAAGUAGCUUCUUCUUUGUCGGCCCCAUGGCUAUUACUGUACAACUACGCUGCAAACUCUUGCAAGAAGUCAAAUAAACAAAGAAAGGAGAUGGAAGAUGGUGUUGAUGGUAGUGGAUCUGAUGUAAGGACACAGCUUCUCUGUGAUAUUCAGAAGAAGUUGCAGGACGCAGGGGUAGCGAUACCUUCAACAGGUCCUGCAAAAGCUGACUAUGCGUCUCCUGUAGUCGAAAGAAGACAAGAUGACAUUACUGCAACUGGGUUACCUAUGGUAGACAGUCCCGGGGAUUCCUUGUUUGGACGUAAACGAGCGAACCGUGGGAUCCAAACACCGAAGCAAAGUACACCAACAAGGCUCCGAAAAGCAGGCUCCCUUGACCGUCUUCUARAUGCUUCAAGUAUCAAGUCACCUCAUCAGAGACGAGAAUUGAACACUCCUGAUGUUGCAGUGUCAAACGUUAGUAUUACUGACAAGACCGCAGAGACUUUGCUUGCUAUACUCUAUGUCAAUCUGCAGCAAUACAACCUGAGAUCGGCGCUAGAACUUGUGUUCUCUCUCAUGGAACCACCAUUAGAGCAUUUUGAUUCAUCACUGAGUUCUUUAUUUGCUCCCAUCAUUGAUACUCUCCGUCCAUCUGGCGGACAGGACUAUGCCACCAGUCAAAUACUUGGUGUCCUUCUUCAAACCUACCCUAUCCUUCGUGUUGCUGACAAAUGUGGAGUCCCUGUGGUWCAAAGUCUUGCGCGCUUCAUGGCUGCCUAUUUCUCCAAUCUUCCUCUAUAUAUCUUCCCAUCGUACCAUCCAGAAGCAUUGCCACCCUUUUACAUGAGCGUAGAGCCCAGUAAACUUGACAGUACUUCAGAUGAGUCCUUUGCACUGUCUCAAGGAGUUGAGGCCUUGCAUCUUGACCGAGAUAAGGUUUCAGCAGCUGCAAGAGAUCAAGGAGUGUCGGAUAUCUGGAGCGCAAAUAAUGCCUUGGAGUUUAUGUUAGUGUCUGGUCUGGUUGGAGAAGCUGCAUGGCUAACCAAUAACCUUGGGGAUUGGAAGCACGCUCUCCUACUAUCCGUGGCUCAUGCUAAUAUUUCAAAGUACUCUUUAGCAGAAAAUCUACCUGUUACUCUUCUCCCAAGUCUUCCAGAACAUGUUACACCUGAAAAAAUUGUCCUCGUGCGAUUACAYCCGAUAUUUCAUUCCCCUCAAUCUACUCUACUGGCAAGCAUUCAAAAAAUCGCUAUUGAAAUACCAGAAGACGCAACCUCAACUCCAAUCAAAGAACGUUUCAUGGUGGAAGAACCCAACCAUGGGAAAAUAGAACUUGAGAUUGAUGACAAGUUAGUUAAAGAUGUUGGGAAAAUGCUUCAAGCUAGUGUUGUCGCUGGGCUUGACAUUGUGCCUAUCUUAACAUGGAAGAUGUUGCAUGACUUGCUUGGUUUAGUGUCCCAGAUGGAAUGGAUUGUCCCAGAGGAAUUGUACUUACCAGCUCCCCCACUKUUCUGCCCUCAACCACCAACUACAGAAAAGGAAGUUCUUCUGCCUCGUGUCUACCGCGAACGACAACUACGCUCAGAAAUCGCGGUGUUAGUCCAAAAACUUUUAACUUUAUUUCACUCAUCGAACUGUAUGGCCGCCUGCAUUCAGUGGUAUGUUCAGGAACUCAUCGUUGCCAAUGAAAAAUGGUAUAACGUACCAAAAGAUGACCAGGAUUUCGUUCUGCCACAGUCUCUCGCGAACCACUCUGAGAUGACGAGCACCUUUGUCACUGCAGAGGAGAGUCUGGUUAAGGCGCUGAAAAGAAAUUCUCCAAAGAACAAAGGAAAGCCAAGCCCUCCUCGGCCGAAUACCACCCACAGUUCAUCAGUCAGCGUAGUAUUGUCUUGUUUCCAGCAGUUUUGCUAUGUAAUGUGGAUGCUUCAUGCCAGGGAUAAGAUGAGCUACUGUGCCAGGAAGUACAGACGAGCUAGAAAUGAAGCGGAAAGUAACYCCCAGACUGCAGACCUAAUCGAUGGCUUGUGCUGGGAAACUCUUCGAUGGACACUAGAACUCCAUCCCUUCAGUUCUUUCCUCGGUGCAGCAUCCCAUAUCUCUGACACCUUGCUAACUCUUCUCUCAGAGAUGCAGCCAAGUAUAGCAACAGCAGACAUUACAGCCCAAUAUUUCCCAGAUCCAAAUCUCAUUCCAAGUACAUCAGGAAGAGCAAAAUUCAAACGCCUUAUGACUCAAUUUCGUAGCAUAACCUUGCGAGAAGCUGGGAGCAUCGAGGAAGAUAAUUCUGACGAGCCGUUGUCAGUUUUUUACCGAAUGAAAUGCGUUGAUUGGGAAGAUGAACUAAAAGAGAGACAUCGUCUCUAUGGUGACGUCCAAAGAGAAAUCUUCCCACGGGUAAACAAUGAAGACGAGUUGCAGUCAAACAUCAAAUCAAAGUCCCAUCUUUUAUUCACCACAAGUAGAAAUCUUGCUAGCGUUGGAGCAACAAUUUUCGAAACUUCUCAAGCAUACCUUGAUUUUCUGGACACCUUUUUUCUCAUUACUUUUACUAAGACUGCUUCUCAGUUCGCUGGACAAGCCACCACGACAAGCUCAGUUCCUUUACUUCUUCCUUAUGAAAAGUUGUUCACGUUUUCUGAAAACAGAGCCUUGAAAGAGUUUCAUGACAAGGCAAGUGUAGAUAAAAUAAAGAAGAUAUCAGGGAGUUCUCUUUGUCGUAGCCAAAGCUAUUCUGAUGUUCGCUCAAACAAACCAGGCGCUAAGCCUCAUCUUGGGCGAAAUGAGUCGUUACGCGGUGGACAGACAGACGCCAGACGAAGCAACAGCUUGAACGAUGUCAGUAAAGCAACCGGGAAUUCAGGUCUUGUUGUCCUUGGAGAUGAAAUCAUGGAGAUGCUACCAAAUUUGACCUUUCUAAGCAGGUGGUCUUCUGAAGGCAGUAGCAACAUCGAGAAGGCAGUAACACGCGCCAGUGACGUGCUUCCUGUGAUGAAAGUACAUGUUGAAUUACCAAUGUUAGUCAACGGUUUGUGGCUGCUCAAAAAUAUCUAUGGACCUUGGGAGUUAAAUGAAAAUGUUAACCCUGAGUUCCUCAAGCAAGUUCCAAAACCUAAAGAUCGCUCUUUAGUCUUACAAGAAUGCCUCGUACAGGAGACACCUCCACAAGCCAGUCAAGGAUUCACUUCAGAAUGGCCAUCACGCACUCUGUUGAGGAGGGCAUCCAGCGACACAGAUAUUCCACGUAUCUCGGUACAAAGUCCUACCACUGAGGACGAGAGUCRUGGAAGACAUGAAAAACGAGGAGGAUCAAGGAAAAGUCGCGCAAAACACGAGAAGAAACUCGAGGCAGAAACAGCGCAUCAUUCAGACACAGAACCGGUGGCUUCGAAACCCAAACAAGAAAAAAUAACACCCAAAGAUAAGAGAUCUCGGAAAAAAAGCAAAUCAGUGAAGAGAUCUCUCAAUCUGGACGAGCAAGUGGAAGACAUACACGAUGAUGUCAUCAAUGCCAAAAGUGAACCACCUCAAGUAAUGAAAGAUUCAAGGACGCCGAAAUCGCACAAACCUCGCGCGAAGUCUAAGCCAGCUGAGGAUGAAACAUCGCUCACUAACAAGACUGCAGAUCAGUUGACUGAUACACCGAAGGCCUCCUUACGUAACGACCUACGUGACACCAGGUCCAACCCUCCUCCUACUCAUGAAGCUGACUUGCACGAUUCACAUGAGACACUGAGUCCUAGUUUUGUGCCAAACUUUGMAGCUGGUUCUCACCGUUUGCAUUCAAGAGAACCAGAUUAUCACUCUAGUCCAGCAAGUAAACCACGGUCAAUUAUUCAAGAUGUCCCCACUGAGGGUUUUAAGGAGCAACAAAUGAUUGACAGGUCACGUGAUCUACUGCCUGGAAACAGUGCGCCUCAGUCGGUGUCUGGAGGAGUUGAGCUGCUCCUAGUUUUGAGACCUUCGAAUGCGGGACACCAGCCUGACAUUGCCACAAAUACAACUCAUGUACCUCUACUAAAGCUAUCUACAAUGAUAACGGAACCCACAAAUAUCACUCCAAAUGAUAAUGCUGUCAAUACUCGAACCAUUAUCAAAGACAUGGGGUCGCAGACAGAACAUAGGACUCAAGCUCCUACAGACAAUGACGAAGAUGUUGUCUUUAGCGAUCGCGCAGACAAGGGAGUAUCGUCAGUUGACUUCAGCGCGCAGUACGAUGAGAGCAGAGAUGCAAGUUGUCAAACUGCUUUUUCUCCAGACCCUUCACAGUUGAUAAAUCACGGAGUAUCUGAAGGCAUAAACGAGGCUUCAGAAGAUCAAAUGUCGUUGGAUUUGAAUGAUGGUACAAAGCAACCACCUCGAUAUGCAUGGCCGGACAGAAGUGAUACUAAUAACUACAACAUUCCUUUUCCGCUUCUGCGUUUAAACGAGAAACCAGCCAUUUCCAACGAAAGCGUUUUUGGUAAUGCUCCACCUAUGAAGAUGUUUAGAGGAUAUCCACAAAGCGGCCCCAUCGAAAAGCAAACUAGUUUUCCAUUACUGAAUAUGUCAAAGCAAGUGUCAACGUCAAACCCAAAGACUUUCCAAUUGUUUCAAAUUCCUUCCGAGUCUCGUAAUCUGCCGCUUCUUCGCUUUCCCUCGAGUCAAGACAAAAGCCAAAACAAACCUGAUCUUAGUAAAAUAAAAUUCCUUGAGGUCAGUAGGAAUAAUAAUCCUUUCUCGUUGCUGAAGAAGGGAGAAGCAAGGAAUACCUAUGGAACCCAAAAUCUUCUGCUGCACGUACCAGAAAAGCAAUCAAGAUGCCCCGAUUUUACAAACAUCCCGGUUAACGAUGUGUUUACCAAUGAAACGCCCAUGCCUCUACUACGAAUGCCUGAGAGAAAACCAGAACGUAAGCCUAAACUCGUUCCUCCAGAAGAGCUGGCAGCGUUCGAAAAGAAGCGAAAAAGAAAGGAUGAGUCACCUCGAUAUUCGAGAAUGGAGAAGGAGAAUAUCAAACCGAAAAGGAAUCACGAGGAAAAACGAUAUACCUCAGGCAGGCAACACGAUGAACCAACAAAUGACUUGAGGCAAACAAUGUCAAGGCAAAGAAGAAGGGAACACUUACKUGAAGAGACAGAUCAAGUUAAGCCACAACAGGUGCAUGUUAAACCAGCCCAACGAACAAAGCCAAAUAAAAGUAAGAAAAAGGCAAACGAAGAGCCAAAACCAUCGAGAGUAACUCUUGAUGAAGGGUUGAGCGACGAAAGUGAAUUACAAUUGUCGGAUAUUAGCGAAAACUUUGACCUUUCACAGGAAGAGCAAAUGUAUUUUAAUAUCCAAAGCACGCCAAAAGUUACCAAUCCACAAGUAGAUGCGUACUGUAAAGAACUGGAAGGUAGAGUUAGAAAAAAGUUUGAUAAGGAACUAGAAGAGCGCAUGAAAGAAGAAAUGGAAAAAGAAGUAAAGGAACAAGUGAAGAAACAAAUGAAAGAGCAACGAGAGGAAGAAGAAGUGAGAAAACGAGUGAGAGAAGAGUUGGCGCUGCAGGAACGUCUAGAACAGCAAGCUCGUGCCAGGGAAAUGGAACUUGCAUCAGGACAUGAAGCACAGACUAAGACACUGUCUCUGAUGGAAAAAGCGAAAGAAAAUAAAGAAAAAGAUCACCCCAUUCCAAGGAAGAGAUCAGUAAAGCACGAGAAAGGAACAAAUGUUCACUUUGAAGACGACAUUUACAGGGAAAUGCGCGCAAAGCAACACAACAGUGUGGAAAUCCAAGUGGAAGAUGAAUAUCUUCCUCGUUCAACGUCGAGUCAAGGAAACCAAACUGAACCAAUAAGAGAAGGGAGUGAAGAUGCUGCAAUGGACAAACCAAAAGCCUUUGCUCCUGUACUCCCGCCUGAUAUUUUCAUGGGUUUGACAUUCCCUUGUGAUCAAGUCCAUGAUGAYGGUGAUAGUGACGCACUGGAAGUUGACACCAGAGAGAUAUUAGGAGACAAGGAAAGUGUUAACCAGUUCAUAAGCGUGGCUGAUAUCGACGGUAAGCUGUGGGAAAAGGUAAAAGAUAGUACCAUGGCAAUAGAGAGGCACGAGGAAGAAGAACACGUGAGAAAUGAUACAGAAGAAAUCCAUUCUGAUGUUGAACAGCAUACAGAUCGACAAGCACCUCAUGCUCCUCAUCAUUUAUCCAAGGGAUUCGAUCAUCAGCCGAAGCAACAUGACUCUUUGACUGUUACGAUGAUGGACUCUAUCGACAUCCCAAGACAACGGAUGCACUCAGCUCAAAAUGUCUCAAAAGAGAGAAUCUCAAAUCGUCUUGAAGAAAUGACCCAACAGCUUGAGGCCAUGGAACAAAUUACUAACAAUAUGGAGAGAGAAUUCAAGAGCUCUAAUGUAUUGCUGAAUGCGAUUGAAAGUAUUGGAGACAUUAUGACACCACCACCUGCUAAAGAGUCUAGUGGUUCUGCUAAACAGCGUGCAGCCUCAUCAAUACGUCAUGAGAAAACACUACCACAGAGGUAUCAGAGAGUCCGGGACCCAGCACCCUGGAGACGUCAAAAAGAUGGUCCUGUAUACAGAAAAGAAGAAACUCCAAGCUCAUCAGCAAAUGUUUCUGUUGAUGGUGCUCUUGAUGACGCCGAGCUCGGCAAACCUGACGAUGAAAUUACAAACCAAGGGAAAGUGUCGUUCAAAGAUGAAAGUAAAGAAGAGGAGGAACAAGCCUCGGAAAAAGAUUUGUCACCAGAAAAUGAUACGUUGAAARAAUCUGGGAAUAGAGAAACCGAUGAAAAUAUUGAUCAAGCUACGCCAAGGUCGUCACGUGAUCUAGAAGAACCACGUGAUCUUGUAAAAUCACGUGACUCGUUUGACAGUGAGCAGAAAUAUACUAAAGACAGAUUGAGUGAUAUGGCUUCUUCAAGGCACUCCAAUAGUGGUUCAUUUAGAGAUAUGCCAAAACUAUCUUCUGAGACGCUCAAGGAAAUAUUUUCUGACAGCCGAGACUCGUCUAGACGGGAAAAAAAUAAUCAGAGGUCUUUCAAGAAGAGGAAGAAGAUUCAAGAUUGGAUGGCGAAGAAACGUGCAGAAAGACACGCAACUUGGAAAAAUGAAGUGGAGGAAUUACGGUCUACAGAAUUCAAACCAUUCACCACAGCUACUGAGGGCGCAUCCUCGCUGAAGAAGAUGAAACUCGCCGCGAAAGAGAGGGAAACGAAGAGAAGAAAGCGCGAGGAGGCUUCAACGGAUGAGCGAAUGAAAGCAGCGUCCAACCUCUUGAACGAGAUGCUCACUGAACCAGUCCCCAAGGCUGAUACACUACGAAACAUCCGUUACACCCCACCAAAACCCAAAGAAAAAGCCAAAUCAAGGCAUAACGAUAGAUAUAACAAGUCAAAAUCGUUGCCAUACGAAGCUAACACCCAGUCUGACGUAACCAGGCCUGGUGGUGUACACCACAGGGACCCCACGCCUGAUAGUUAUGACGAAAGAAAAAAUCAAGUGUCAAAUCGUGGAUUUGCUAUGACACCUUACACAAGUAGUCCCAUACACCCAGAUAUGGAUUUCCAGGAUUCCCAAGCUGAAACUAAUCAAUAUGGACUCGGUAGUAGAGAAGAGACUCGCUCGGUUACUCCUAGUGGUGCCGACUUCAUUACGAUAAAAACAUACCGAAUGCACGAGAAGGAAAAGCUUCGGCGAUCUCAGGAAUUAGAACAAGAAAAACAACGCAGUAUUCCUCAAACAGAGCAGUACAGGAUGGAUAUAACGGGCUUGUAUCGAACAGGAUCGUCAAUCGAUAUUGACAAUCUUAUGGAUCAAAUUCCCGACGGCUCAACGAUGGACGAGGACAAUUUACAUGACAUUCAAAGUCUACUGAGUGAUGAUAGCGAGCUGAAGGAAUUGCUGUCUGAUGUUAUUGGGAGUAAUACAAAGUUUGACAGGAAAAAGGGGAUUUUGAAAAGCUCUUCGACGAAGGAUGGUGUGACUCGACCGAUAGGAAUGGGAACGAUGACACUAAGCAAGGGUAACAAGCAAGAGACAAGGAAGCCUGCUACCAGUUAUUCCAAAAGAAAACUCGUGAAACCUAGACCAGCACCUCAAGCUGGGCAUUUAAGAGACAGGCCAACAACAUCAAGGAUAUCUAAGCCAAGAGGUUCAACGACAGCAGCGACAAACAAGACCGGUGUUGGGAGAGGACGGGGUGGUUCUCUUGGGAAUCGUGGCUCAAAUGCCUCAGGACCGACUGCAAGAAGUGGUUUGUCACGUGAAAGAGGAAAAGACACGGGUAAAGAAUCUACCAAAGAAGGAAAAGUGUCCAAAGAUCUGAAGAAAUUGUUGGAUGAUGUUGAGAAUGUUAGUCCCUGGAAUACUGGAGACAGCUUAAACAUGUCUGAUGAUGUUGCGCAACUGUUGGCCGAAGCAAAACAAGCUAUCGGGGACGACGUGUCCGAGAGCAGCGGUAGCAUAAUGAGUAACAUUGACUGGGAAGCAGUGGAUAAAAUAAUGAAUGAUUUGUGAAUAAGAGUCUUUCCUAAGUACCCUGUGACUGAUACAAAUCACAGGUGUGUUAAGUUAACAAGUGCAGGCUACAUGUGGUACAAUUGAUCAUGACAGGGCUGUACAUUGUAUUCGCAUUCUCCCUGUCUUCUUGUACAUGUAACGAAGAAAAUAAGCAGUCUUCUACUAUAUAUAUUCCAAGUUCAUCAAAUCUAGCAUGGCACUGUCAUGACGUCAUAUACACCAAGAAUGUAAGCCUUCGUUGCAGACUAGACAACCCUCCAACUGCAUUGUGGCAUGUUCAAGUGCCUAGAAGAUUAUAUAUAUAGUUACAAAAAUAGUUAGCUGUAAGAAAUAGCUCUAGUGAAAGAGUAUAUUUGUACAUAAGUAUUUUAACUCGCUAAGGCGUUUGUGCAUAAAGUAGGGAAAAUGUAAAAACAUGAAGGAAUGAUCAUGAAUGGUUGAAUAAAUUAUCUUAUUAUUUAUAA